AUGUCUUCUCCAAACGACGUCGACAUGGGAGGCGCCGAACCGUCACGCGCAAACGAGCCCUUCACCGUGGAAGAGAACAUCCGACAGCUUAAUGCCGUCGAUCAACAAAUUGUCCAGCUCAUGAAGCACACUGCCACAGCCCUCAACGCACUCACAAUACCUCACACUCCAGAGUCCAACCAAACCCAGGACCCAGCAUCUGAACCUCCUAAACCAUCACUGGAUCCUCCCGCCCAAAAGGAUGCUUUCCGCUCAGCGACAGAUUCGUUUCUUACUGCACUACACGCCGUCGACGUCAAGAUGAAGCGUCAAAUAUUCGCUCUCGAGGAGGCUAGUAUCGUCAAUCUUGCUCCCCCUCAACGGCAUGAAAACAACGGGCCUAUUAUGGCAUCUCAGAAGCCGAAUGGAGUGGGAGCUGUGGGCAAUAUUGGCGCGGGCUGGCUCAACAGUCGAGGCACGCGAGUGGAGAGGGACAUGGAGGCGGAGCUUUGGGACAAAGCUAAGGGUUUUUUGAAGAAGAAUGAACCUGCUCAAUAG